AACCAAUGUCAUCUUAUGAAAAUGUCAAUGUAUGUUUCUGAGUCACUGAUUUCUUCACACUCUUACAUUUUAUAAAAACAUUGAUUUAUCAUUUAUUGAACAAUACAAGAGUUUAGGGUGAUAUUAAAUAUGACGACAAUGGUUGGAUCUUCGUGGGAAGAUGUUAGAAAACAAGCUCGCAUUCUAGAAAAUGACAUAGAUGUGAAACUAGUAGCGUUCAGUAAGCUGGGAGUUAGCACUGGAUCUGGUUUGAACUCGGAGAGUAUGCCACUGAUCAAUAGCGAGGACAUGUUUGACACCAUGUCUAUGGAACUGCAGCAAUUGUUAAGUAAGCUGUCACAAUUAAACGACAAAAUGGCUGAAAUUGCACCAAGCGGGACAGCGACAAUGCACACCAUUAAGAGGCACAGGGAAAUUCUUAUGGAUUAUCAGCAAGAGUUCGAUCGUACCUCAGCACGUGUUUGUGCUCGUCGCGAAAGAGAGGAAUUGCUGGGAGGAGGGAUGGGGGGAGGCGUCCCGUCUGUAGGGCUCAGCAGAAGAGACCAGUAUGGAAAGGAAGCAGCUCAUUUGCACAGUUCCCAUAUCCUGGUCGAUGAACAAAUAAACAUAGCGAUGGAAGCCCGUGAACACCUCACAUCACAGAGACAGACUUUCAAGAGGAUGCAGACCCGUUUUAACGACAUUGCUAACAGGUUUCCGAUGCUGAACAGUUUGAUCUACAGGAUAAAUGCUCGCAAACGACGUGAUUCUCUCAUAGUCGGUGUGGUUGUGGCUGUGUGCACCUUCCUCCUGCUGCUAUACGCUUUCCAUUAGACAACUACAUUAGAAACUAUCUACAUGCUAACAAUAUCCUUCAGUUGAGAUAAUCACAAUAUAAACUCUAUACAAAUUACUGUAGGUUUGGAUGUAUUGAUGUUAGUUUUUGAAUCAUUAUUAAUAUUCAAAAAGGUUUUUAUCCAACUAUACUGUAUACUAAGUAAAAAUAUUUAAUCUACAUACAUCUAUAUUAUUUAAAUGUCUUGAACUGGCUGAUAUGAAAGCUGUAUGAGUGUGAUUAAAAAAAAAAAUUAGAACAUUCUAACGGUAGUGUUUAAAUUACUAGAAAAAAGCUAUUUAAUUUAAAGUCGAGACUUGUUAAACUGAUGGUUCUUUAAUGCUUGGUAAGUGUAUCGUUUUAACUAACUUUAUGAGUAAGUUAUAACUAUGAAGUUGUUUUUUUUUAAUACAGCAAUUUAUAUUAAACAAAACAAAGCCUUGGACUUUAAAAUAGUCCAAUGAAACUGUACUAAAUACUAUUCUUAAUAGAAUUUGUUAUGUUGGUAAGAUUGGUAUAGUAAAGAUUUUUUUUUUUCAGAGGUCCUUAUAUACUUUGACACUCCUAUAGUUAUAAGAUUUGAACUAAAUGUUUUGAGAUAUUUAAUAAAUACAAAAUUAAGGCAUAACAUUGUCUUAAUUACUUAAGACAUUGCAUUUGUAGAUGAUGUUCUGUUAUUUUAAAUAUAGUUUAUAUAGUUGUGUAAAUAUGUUAAAACUUUAUUUGAAAGUAAUGUAAAUAGGCUAUUAUGUAUGAUUAAUAAAAAUAUUUCGUCGUUUCAAAA